AAAACAUCAACAUCUCAAACUGAUGGAUUGUUUUUGACAUGUUUUAUUUUGUUAAUUUUUGUAAAUAAAGUCUCAUGUUUCGAUUGAGCGAUAACUAUUACCAACGAGAAUGCUACCUCAAGCAGGAGCAAGUGCCGACACAAAGCGUGAUGAUAAAAAAGAUGUCUCCGCCGCUGGCAAACGUUUACUUCAAGUCCAUGAUCCCGAAGCUCAAAGUGCUGGCUGGUCUUGAGCCGCCCAUGAAAGGAGGAGGCAGCGAUUGGUACAUCCCUCCUCAGGAGCUACUAGAAGGCAAGAUUUCUCUCAAGCCCAUGAAAAAAGAACACCUAACAAAACUAGGCUUCAAUGGAAUUGAUUACUUCGGCGAGAAAAUUGUUGCACAUCAUCACAAAUGCAUGGACGAAGAAAAGGCCCAAGUGCUCCUCGAAAGCGACAUAAACUGGAAAAGAACCAUCGAAGCUAGCUGCAGGCAGCAGUGGGAAGAUACCUCCAGGGAAGCAGCACGACGAAACACAGAAAAAAUCCAAAGCGCCUUCCGCGAAUUCACCACUCUGUACACAACGUCCAUUGCCAAAGUAGAAAGCCUUCUUUUUGAUGCCACUAUUGAAGAAAUAAAGAGAAUUAGAGAAGAAACGUUUCAAAAAAUGGAUGAACAUUAUAAAACCCUUUUGAAAGAACAAGCGACUAUGUUAUACGAUAGAUACACCGAGAAACUUAACGUAGAAAAGGCUAGAUUGAAACAAAAAUUCAUACGAAACGUGGAACAAACGCGCAGCCAAAUGGGUGCACAACUGCAUGAUAUUCAAGAGGAAAAACACACAGCCAUAGAGAAACUGAGAAACCUAUUUGAAUGCCAGAACUUAGCCUGUCAAGUAUACGUAGCGCUGAAAGAGCGAGAGGAGUGUGAAAAAGAAAUAGCACUUUCUAAACAUAAACACGAAAAACAAGCUAAAGUUUUGAAGGAAAAGAUUGCUAUGAAAGAUUUUGAAAUCCGACUCGCAAAGGAGAAAGAGAAGAAGCGUAAAGAAUUCAACAAAAUAUGGCAAAAGAAAAUUUGCGAAGUGGUGAAAAAAUUCCAAAUGUUUGUAUCGUAUUGUCUGAACUCUUUGCCAGAACACGCAGAGUUCUUUAUGAACAUGGAAAAAUUAAUGUUGUUGCAGCUCAACGAAGCAAUGGAGAAUCCUAGUGCUGAAAGCAUUUUUAUCACAGAAGAAAACUUGUUCCAUACUCCAGUUCCAAGACCGCAUCCUUUCUUUCUCUUUUGCGACAAAGGAUACAAGCCACAUUUAAAUCAAGAUCUAUGUCCGAAGCACUGCACGUCCAGCGCUUCACAACUCCCCGUUAUAGUCGUCAACAAAAGGUGUAUUUACGCUGCUUGUGAUAACUUUGAGGUGUUCUCCGAUAAAAUUAAGCAGUACAUUCAUGGGCGUCGCGGAGAAGACGUUGAUUUUCUAGACGACCACGACUACACUUAUAACAUACCUGUGACUUUUACGCAUUCACAGCAGUUGCUGGAGUUAAAAAUGGAAAGUUCUUUGAUGCAAAUCUUGCAAAAGGAACAUCCGAAUAUAAAGCAAGUGCAAACCCAGUGCUGUAUAUGCAAGAUACCUCAUUGCUUCUGUAGUCGGCUAGAAGCGGAGAAGAUUCCUUCAGUCGUUCGCCUUGAGCCUGUAGAGGAGCCGCCUUUGCGUUUGAUUCCGUCCGGCAACAAGUUAGAUACGAGAAGUGCCGAGUUGAUUCACGAACGAGAGCCUAAAGUGGAGAGUUACAUCGAUUACAUGGAGCCGAAGAAAUGCAACUGCGCCGGAAGAGCAAAAAAGAAUAUACGGGAACAUUUACCGGCGUACAUGAGGAAUGUGUCUAGAUUUUACCCUCCAGACUUGCCCCAUUAUGAGCCUUGCUCCGUCGCGGCUUUGAAGAAGUUGGUCAAAAAAGCUCAAGGCAGGCGUUCUCCGCCGGAACUUAUCAGAAUUCCUUCGAGAACUAAGGAAGUGAGCACGCAGUACUCCGACCAAGAGUUCGAUUUGUUGUGCACUUGCUUCUCAGACGAAGAAAUUGACCGGCUGUUCAAAGAAAUCUUUGCUAGGCCUGGCGACUUCCAUUUUGUUGAUGGAUCUGUUACUGCUAGCCACUUGGAAAGGCAAACAAGUUCGUUUGCGACGCAUCGGGCACAUUCACUGAGGAAUUUGAUGGCCGCUUCGCCACAUCUAGAAGAAAUAUUCAAAAAGACAGGAUGCGACUUUGACGAUUAAAAUAAUUGGUACCUAAUGUAAAAUAAAAAUGAUUAAAUCAAUAUUACUAUUUUAAUCUCUACAA